CGUCAUUUUUCGGCGACAUAAACGUACACCCAACAACAGCGGCCUGUGAACCACAGGAGAGCUGCAAUUUUUCUCUUUUGGUGGAGGAUUUGUCUUUAGUCCAUCACCACUAUGAAACUAGUUCGGUUUUUGAUGAAACUCAGUCACGAGACGGUUACAAUUGAGCUUAAAAAUGGCACCCAGGUCCAUGGCACCAUCACAGGUGUUGAUGUGAGUAUGAACACCCAUCUGAAGGCUGUCAAAAUGACCCUGAAAAACCGGGAGCCGACUCAACUGGAAUCACUUAGUAUCCGUGGCAACAAUAUUCGAUAUUUUAUUUUGCCAGACAGCCUGCCUCUGGACACCCUGCUGGUCGACAUUGAGCCUAAAAUCAAGUCUAAGAAGAGGGAAGCAGUGGCAGGCCGUGGUCGAGGCAGGGGCCGAGGCCGUGGGAGAGGCCGUGGAAGAGGCAGAGGUGGUCCGAGGAGAUGAGCCACUAAAGCUGCGUGUACAGGAUUUUUGUUUAAUUUUGCAGAGACAAGGUUUUGUGAAUUUAAUUGUUUUGUACAUUAAAGUGCUCAAAAUGUAAA